AUGGCCGUGGCUGCCGCUCUGACGAUCUCGAUAUCCUCCACUAUGGUGCCGCUGGCCCUGGGGACGGCCAUGGUCAUACCCACGGCCACCUCGCCAUCUACGAGCUCACGUCAGGAUAACCAUAAAAAAAAACCCCCUUCCCCAGAAAAUGGGAAAAAAGAAAAAUCCUCACGUACGUACCUGUCAUCGCCCGCACCGCUCAUGCUGCUACCAACCACGCAGAAAAUUCUCUUGCACUUCGCCCUUCGAAGGGGAAAUCAAAAGUCGAGAGACAAGGCUAAACCAGCUCCCCCCUUUUUGCGCUUCGCAGCGAGAAAGGAAAACGAAGAGGUUGAAGCUGUUUUUAUGUUUCCGCAUCGGGAAAAAGUCGCGCUUGUUUCCGGCGGCCAAAAAGCUUGGCAUGUGCUUUACCUAAACAAGCUAGCGCGCGCCUACUCCAACCCAAAAAAGGAAAAAGAGCGAAAAAGCCGCGACGACCUCUUGGUGACGGCGUUUGAGGAUAGCCGACGUUUUGACAACCUUGAAGACAACGCUACUCUGCUAGGAGGGAAUUUUCCUCCUUUUCUUUUUGUUUUGCAUGGAGUUGGUUACUUUGGCUGCAUUGAUGGACCAUGA